UUUGAACGGAGCAUGCGCACUAGAUUGUCGAUUUAGACUGUCUUUUCGAAAGUAGGAAAAAUAAUUUAAGUUUUAAGUUGUGAAAAUGGAAGAAUAUUUGGACAGUUUGGGAUAUUUUAAAAAACAAGUAGCAAGAGAUGGAUCAUGUCUCUUUAGAGCUGUUUCCGAGCAGGUUUUUCACACUCAGCGUUACCAUCUUGAAGUGAGGAAAAUCUGUGUUCAGUAUUUGGAUAAAAAUCAUAAAAUGUAUGAAGAUUUUAUUGAUGGUCCUUUUGAUCAAUAUUUAGAAAAUUUAAAGAAUCCUAAGGAGUGGGCAGGACAUGUAGAAAUAAAGGCUCUCUCUCAUAUAUAUAGGAGAGAUUUUUUAAUAUAUCAGGAAAUUGGAAAACCUCCAUGUAAAUCAACAAAUAAUGGUUUUUCUGAUUUUAUUACAUUGUGUUAUAGUCAUGGUAACCAUUAUGAUUGUGUGUAUCCAAAAUGUUUUUUGGAGUCUGCUGCUUUUUGUCAGUCUCUGGUGUAUGAAGUGCUGUAUAAAUUUGUUUUUAAAUUGGGAGAUGAAGUUGAUUUGGCAGUUGAGAAAAUGUUACAUGAUAAAGCAUAUUCUAAGCAAAGAAGAAACAAUAUUUUAAACAGAGAAUCUCACAGAGAAAGUUCAAAUUCCAUAUCAAAAGAAGAAUUGGGAGAAACAAAUGAAGAUGAAAAGGAAGAUGCAAGUACUGAAAUAAGAAAGGCACUUGCACAAGGAAUACCUCCAUUUCCUUAUAAAGUUGCAAAAGCACUUGAUCCAGAUAUAUACAGAAAUGUGGAAUAUGAUUUAUGGAAUGAAGUGAGAAAAGAACAAAUGAGAUGUGAACAAAUGAUUAUACCUGAUUUUGCUCCAGGGGUGAAAUGUUUGGUUCGCAUUGAAAAAGAUCAAGCAGAACCUUUUCAUGCUCAUAUUCAAGAGAUGGAUUCUAAUCAAGGUCCGGUCACUGUUUUUGUUGAAGAACUUGGUGAAAAAUGUACAGUACCAUAUGAAAAUUUGGAAGCCCUUCCAAUUCCAGCAUAUAAAGUAUUACCUUGGCAAGGUAUUGGAUCAAAACCAUAUAGAAUGUUGGGAGAAUAUUUAAGAUCAUCAUUUCAAGGAAAAUUGAAGAAUAAACAAAAAUUAUCCAGAAAAGAUAAUACAAAGGUUAGUUAA